GCCAGCUCGUGGCAAGGUAAAGACUAAAUAAGCAAAGUCUUAUCUUGCAAAUAUAACGGUGUUGUGAUAAGAAUUUGAGUUGGAUGGUAUUUUGGUUCUAACUUCUACUAAUAAUGAUGUAACGUUAUAGAGGGAACGAAAACAUCACAUAUGUGUGUCGUGUUGAAAAUAGCAUCAUGAUAUGGAGCUGUUUAUAGUGAUCCUGUAGGCAUACAUCUACAUGUGUAAUCUCCACAUGGACUUGUGAAAUUUGGGACAACUACAGAGAAAAUCAUAGCCAAACAGUGCACUGUGGUGAAGCUUGUUUUUGUCUUUUGUAUAACACAAAAAAUGAUGACAUAUGCUUUAGGAUCUCAUACUUCUAUUUCAGAAUACCAGUGGGCCUAUUCAUUGGUGGAUUCUUCCCGGGUGUCAACAUUUUUAGUAUCGAUCCUCCUGAUUGUUUACAGCAGCUUUAGGUCAUUAAAUAUGGAACAGGAAGCUAAACAAAAGCAGAAUGAAAAGAUUGGCCAGAAUCCAGAGAGUAAUGUUCAAACACUGGAUACCAUUCAGGCUUUGUGUCUUCCCCUUGGAGCAUCAGUGUCUCUUCUCAUUAUGUUCUUUUUCUUUGAUUCCAUGCAGAUGCUCUUCGCCAUUUGUACAGCCAUUAUUGCUACUAUUGCUUUGGCUUUUCUCUUGCUACCAAUGUGUCAGUAUAUCAUUAGGCCAUGUUCAGAUGGAACCAAAAUAUCAUUUGGAAUCUGUGGAAGAUUCACAGCUGGGGAACUAGUUUCAUUUGCCUUGUCUGUUACCAUUGUUUGUAUCUGGGUCCUCACUGGCCACUGGCUACUUAUGGAUGCAAUGGGUAUGGGACUGUGUGUAGCGUUCAUUGCAUUUGUUCGGUUGCCAAGUCUGAAAGUGUCCACCAUGUUACUUACCGGUCUCCUGAUUUAUGAUGUAUUCUGGGUUUUUUUCUCCUCGUAUAUCUUCAAUGCAAAUGUGAUGGUGAAAGUGGCAACAAGACCAGCUGAAAAUCCGAUGGGAUUAGUUGCUAAAAAAUUACAUUUGGGUGGAAUGAUCCGUGAAGCUCCAAAAUUGUCACUUCCUGGAAAACUAGUGUUUCCAAGCAUGCACAAUAGUGGACAUUUUUCAAUGCUAGGACUCGGAGAUAUUGUAAUGCCUGGACUCCUCCUUUGUUUUGUGUUGCGGUACGAUGCUUACAAGAAAUUUCAACUCAGUUCUGCUGAAACUGGUGUUCCUCCACCAAACCAGUUGAACAAGAUUUCAUAUUUUCACUGCUCACUGAUCGGUUAUUUUCUAGGACUUCUGACAGCCACAGUGUCAUCGGAAGUGUUUAAAGCAGCUCAGCCAGCACUGUUAUACCUGGUACCUUUCACACUGCUUCCGCUGAUAACAAUGGCAUACAUAAAGGGAGAUUUAAGGCGGAUGUGGAGUGAACCAUUCGUCACUACACCACCAUCCAAACACUUAGAAGUAUAAAGAAAUGUGUCUGUAACAAGAAAGCUCAUUGUGUAAAGAACUUCAAAGUUUAAAUGUAUGUCUUAUCAAGUGGAGUGCUAUGUGUAUGUGAUAGAUGUUGAACAGUAUUUUAUAUGCUGAAACACCUACAGACCUGAAGUGAAACUGCUGAGGAAAAUAAAUCUCAUCAUUCAGAAAUUACAAUGUCUGGAGAAACAUAAGACCCCGAACUUUACUUCUAUCUACGUCUACAUUUAAAACUGUUAAUUUCUGG